ACGAAAGACGAUUGUUCCGCGCUGGUUCCUGUUCUGUGACGACUGCACCAUCAUGGCUCCCAAGUACAAGCUGACAUAUUUCGACCUGCGCGCGCGCGGAGAGCUGACCAGGCUGAUCUUCGCCGCCGCCGGUGUGCAGUAUGAGGACUACAGGAUCGACCGCCCCUCCUGGGCUAAGCUGAAGGAAAAAACCCCGAUGGGCCAGAUGCCGCUCCUAGAGGUUGACGGGAAGGUGAUGUGUCAGAGCGGGGCGAUAGCGCGCUACAUUGCCAGGGAAACAGGUCUUGGAGGGAAGUCCAGCUGGGAGGAGGCACAAGUGGACAUGUUCGUGUGCGGGGUGGACGACCUCAUCACCGUGUUCUGCGACGCCUUCUUCGCACCGGACCAGGCCACGAAGAUGCAGCCAGAAAACCCGACACUAACACGAAAAGGACCAAACGCGAAAAAGAAACUUCCGAUCAGCAAUUUGUCUUGGAAACGACUGCGCUGAUGGCACACGAAGGCCAUCUGUUAAAGAUAACUACUAUUGUAUGACUACAGUAGCAAUUGAAUGCAUGGCAAGAAUUAUUUUCGAUAAAAGACAGUAAAAACUACCAAGACAAGAAUUAUAUAUAUAG